UCUAAAGAAGCAUAUCUAUUCCGCUUCGCUGUCUCUCAUCUAUAAAAUAUUAUAGUGGUUGGCUGUCUUUCAAAGACCAAUACUAUAAUUUUUAUCACCCUAUUUGAUUUUUAUAACGACCGAAAUGCUUUCACGUUCAGUCCUAGCUACCUCCCUCCUAUGGGCAUCCAAGGCCCUCGCUAGCUACCAAGCUGGUACAUCAGACAAUAUCGCUAUCUACUGGGGACAGAACUCGGCUGGUGCCACCGACGCUGGCAAAUCCCAGAAGUCACUCUCCGAAUACUGCACCAGGGCUGAUGUUGACAUCAUUCCCGUGGCCUUCGUGUCUAGCUUCAACCCCAUACAGGUGGACUUGACAAAUAUGGCCGAUGAUAAGAACAUGGCUGAGGAGAUCACCACGUGCCAGAACGCCGGCAAGACUAUAUUACUAUCCAUCGGAGGAGCUAUGUUUACUUCGGGGCCUUCGAGCCCGCAAGAUGCUCAAUCUCUGGCCGAUAAAAUUUGGGCGAUGUUUGGUCCUCCUGGCAAUGGCGACGGCGGUAACCGUCCUUUCGGUAACGCAGUUGUCGAUGGCUUCGAUCUCGACAUCGAAGCCCCGCUCCCAAACAUGGCACCCUUCGCUGCGCGAUUACGCGAGAACAUCGACAAGGCCAACGCCGGCGGCAACCGAAAGUUCUACCUCUCCGCGGCGCCUCAGUGCCCGUUCCCAGACCUUAACAACCAGGCCAUGCUACAGGGCGACGGGGCCGUAGCCUUCGACUUCGUCAUGGUGCAGUUCUAUAACAACCCCAAAUGCGAUAUCCGAGUCUUCAACGGCCUCGGUUCCGGUUCCGGUUCCGUCUCAACACGGGAUACAAACGACCCCAUGAAGACAGGUUUCAACAUGGCUCAGUGGGACGAGUGGGCGCGCACAAGCAAGAACCCCAACGCCAAGGUAUUCCUCGGCAUCCCAGGUGGCCCCACGGCCGUGUCCCCGUCCGAGAAGGCGUCGUACAAGGCGCCGAAUUCCCUGGGCCCCAUCAUCGCCUACAGCAAGCAGUUCUCGAGCUUUGGCGGGGUCAUGAUCUGGGACAUGUCUCAGGUCUGGGCCAACCCUAGCUUCCUAGAUGCCAUCUCCAAGGAGAUCAAAUGUUCACCCAAGGGGAAUGCUACGCGACCUACUAGCGCUGCUACCCAGACGAUACGACGAGUGCAUCAGCGAGAGUGGCAGUCAUGACUGGCUUCUGUUAGAUUAUUUUCUAUUUAAUCUCGAUUUUGGGUGUAGGCGUUGGGAAUUCUUGUUUAGGGACUUCCGUGAUGCAUUCGGUAGGCUGCCCAAAGGCGAUGAUUCCACUGAAGAUAACCUAGGGGGUCCCAGGAGUUUCCUGUUGUGCAUACAUUUUAUAUUAUACCUACAGGUUGGGUUAAGAGGGGAGUUGGGGAGUUUCAUUCUGGCUAGGUUCGGGAGAGUUGGAAUAGUCC